AUGGAAGGGAAAGUAGGGGCGGCGAUAUGUGUUUUGUUGUUGUUGUUGAUGUGUGAAUCAACAAUGGGGAGGUUUGUGGUUGAGAAGAACAAUUUGAGGGUGACAUCACCACAAAAUUUAAAAGAUACUUAUGAAUGUGCAAUUGGUAAUUUUGGUGUUCCUCAAUAUGGAGGAACAUUAGCUGGUGCUGUUGUUUAUCCUAAAACUAAUCAAAAGGCAUGCAAGAGCUUCACUGAUGAUGUUUCUUUCAAUUUCAAUUCUGGUGCUGGUCUUCCUGUUUUCCUUCUCGUUGAUCGCGGUGACUGUUAUUUUACAUUAAAGGCAUGGAACGCACAGAAAGCUGGGGCUGCAGCCAUUCUAGUUGCGGACGACAGGCCCGAGCCACUGAUCACCAUGGACACACCAGAAGAAGGUCAUGCACGAUCCGAUUACUUACAAAACAUAUCUAUCCCAUCAGCCCUCAUAAGUCUAUCCCUUGGGGAAGCCAUCAAAAAAGCUCUAAACAAACCAGAUAUGGUGAAAGUAAAUCUUGACUGGAGAGAAGCUCUCCCACACCCUGAUGAUCGCGUUGAAUACGAGUUCUGGACAAACAGCAAUGACGAAUGCGGGCCCAAAUGCGAUAGCCAGAAACAGUUUCUUAAAGAUUUUAAAGGGGUGGCUCAAAUAUUGGAGAAAAAAGGGUACACUCAGUUUACACCACAUUAUAUCACUUGGUAUUGCCCUGAGGCUUUUAUAUUGAGUAGACAAUGCAAGUCUCAGUGUAUUAAUAAUGGAAGAUAUUGCGCUCCUGAUCCGGAUGAGGAUUUUAGUCGCGGGUAUGAAGGGAAAGAUGUUGUUGAGCAAAAUUUACUACAAGCUUGUUUUUUUAAAGUUGCUAAUGAAUCUGGAAAACCAUGGCUUUGGUGGGAUUAUGUGACGGAUUUUGCUAUUCGGUGUCCGAUGAGAGAGGAGAAGUACACUAAAGAGUGUGCAGAAGACGUAAUUGCAUCACUUGGUGUUGAUGUGAAGAAAAUACAAGAAUGCGUGGGCGAUACUGGAGCAGAUGCGGAGAACCAAGUGCUCAAAGCCGAGCAGAAAGCGCAGAUCGGUAAAGGUUCCCGUGGAGAUGUCACUAUAUUACCAACUCUCAUCAUAAACAACAGACAAUAUCGGGGUAAGCUUGAUAAAGGAACAGUUUUGAAGGCCAUUUGUUCGGGAUUCGAGGAGACAACGGAGCCAGUCAUUUGUUUAAGAGAUGGAAUUGAAACAAAUGAGUGUUUGGAAAACAAUGGUGGAUGCUGGAUAGACAAAGCUACAAAUAUCACAGCCUGCAGGGAUACUUUCAGGGGGAGAGUGUGUCAAUGCCCAAUUGUUCAGGGUGUAAAGUUUUUUGGCGAUGGUUACAAACACUGUGAAGCGUCCGGAGCUUUACGCUGUGGGCUUAACAAUGGAGGUUGUUGGAAAGAUAGCCAACAGGGUAGAACGUAUUCUGCUUGUAUCGAUCAUCAUUCUAAGGGUUGCACAUGUCCACCAGGAUUUAGGGGAGAUGGAGUUAAAAACUGUACAGACAUAGAUGAAUGCGAAGAGAAGAUGGCUUGUCAGUGUCCUGACUGCAAAUGCAAGAAUACGUGGGGUAGUUACGACUGUCAGUGUGGUGGCGAUUUGCUCUACAUUAGAGAACACGACAUAUGUAUAAGUAAAGAUGCGAGGCGGGGAGUCGGAUGGGGCUUUGCGUGGCUUGUCGUUCUUGGUAUGGUAGUUGUUGGAGGUGUAGCGUAUACAUUCUACAAAUACAGAAUCCGGACAUACAUGGAUUCUGAAAUCAGGGCUAUCAUGGCACAAUACAUGCCGUUGGACAAUCAAGCUGAACUUGCAACUCAAGGACCAAACAGGAACGUCUAAUCGCAAACAACCGCAA